CUGACAGUUUCGCUUCUAUAUAUGAACUCCGACCUUGUCGGUAUUUUCCAGAUCUCUCCCCAUCUUACGAAAUUAAAAAGCCUGAUUAAUUCUUGCCGGGAAACAGGAAAUUCCGCCGAAUUUCUACGUAUUUCCGUUCAGCCUCAUCGAUCUCAAGCCGUGCUGCAGCUAUGAAUCCUGAAUAUGACUAUCUUUUUAAGCUUUUGCUGAUUGGAGAUUCUGGUGUUGGAAAAUCCUGUCUUCUUCUGAGGUUUGCUGAUGACUCGUAUCUUGAAAGUUACAUCAGUACCAUUGGAGUAGAUUUUAAAAUCCGGACAGUGGAACAGGAGGGGAAAACCAUUAAACUCCAAAUUUGGGACACUGCUGGUCAAGAACGGUUUAGGACAAUUACCAGCAGUUACUAUCGUGGGGCUCAUGGCAUAAUUGUGGUUUAUGAUGUCACUGAUCAAGAUAGUUUCAACAAUGUCAAGCAAUGGUUGAAUGAAAUUGAUCGAUAUGCAAGUGAGAAUGUAAACAAGCUUCUUGUCGGGAAUAAGUGUGACCUAACGGCACAGAAGGUUGUGUCCUAUGAGACAGCCAAGGCUUUUGCUGAUGAGAUUGGAAUUCCAUUCCUGGAGACAAGUGCAAAAAAUGCAACCAAUGUGGAGCAGGCUUUCAUGGCCAUGACUGGUUCAAUAAAAAACAGAAUGGCGACUCAACCCUCCUCAAGCAAUGCACGGCCUCCUACUGUGCAGAUCCGAGGACAGCCCGUCAACCAAAAUUCUGGUUGCUGCUCAAGUUGAAAGGGAGAUUCUAUUUUCUGGAUAUGCUCAGAUGCUCUUCAUGUGGCAUGUAAAAUUAAUCUUAGUUGUUUGACAUGAAGUAGACUAUUCUGCAUGUUUGCUUUAUAUAUAUUUUUUCAUUCCCGCGUUUUGUUAAAACACCAAUUCUUUCCACUAUUCAGUUAUAAACAGCUUUUGUACAAAAGUGUAGAAGAUGAUUGCUACAAGGCAGUAUUUGCCCUCAUUGUUUUAGUGAUUUGUUUUCAUAAAAA